GAUGUGUUCACUGAAAAUCCAGAUGAGAAAUCCAUUAUCACAUACGUCGUAGCAUUUUAUCACUAUUUUUCCAAGAUGAAGGUUUUGGCUGUGGAAGGAAAAAGAAUUGGAAAGGUUCUGGAUAAUGCUAUUGACACAGAAAAGAUGAUAUAUGAUUAUGGAAGACUGACUUCAGAUUUGCUGACAUGGAUUGAGCAAACAAUUAUUGCCCUUACCAACUGGAAGUUUGCUAAUUCUUUACUCGGAGUUCAACAGCAACUACAGUCAUUCAGUACAUACAGGACUACAGAGAAGCCUAAAAAAUUUAAAGAAAAGGGUGACUUAGAAGUCCAGCUGUUCACUAUACAGUCCAGAAUGAGGGAGAAUAAACAAAGGGUAUAUGUACCGCGAGAUGGUCAGCUGGUGUCUGACAUCAACAGGGCAUGGGGCCGCCUUGAAAAGGCUGAACAUGACCGCGAGACAGCUUUGAGGAAUGAACUGAUUCGACAGGAGAAGCUUGAACAAUUGGCAAAACGCUUUGACCGCAAGGCUGCAAUGAGAGAGGCGUGGAUAGGUGAAAACCAACAUCUUAUCUCACAGGAUAAUUUUGGCUGUGAUUUGCCAUCAGUGGAGGCGGCCAAAAAGAAACAUGAAGCCAUCGAAACAGAUAUCCUGGCCUAUGAAGGCCGCAUUCAGUCAUUAGUCAAUCUAGCUAAAGAAUUGGAAAAUGAGAAUUAUCAUGACAUCAAGAGAAUCAAUGCUAGAAAGGACAACAUCGUACGAAUGUGGCAGUUUCUUUCUGGAAAAUUUACACAGUCGACGCCAGCGGCUUAACAUGAACUUAGAACUUCAACUCUUGUUCCAGGACAUGCUACACACUGUUACAUGGAUGGAUGAAAUGAAGAAUGGCCUUUUAUCAUCAGACUUUGGGAAGCACCUCAAUGAAGUUGAAUAUUUGCUCCAAAAACACGCCUUAACUGAAGCUGACAUCGCCACACAAAAUGACAAAGUGAAUUCUUAUCAAACAACUAUGCAGAAAUUCAUCACUGAAGAAGGAUACAAGCCUUGUGAUCCACAGUUGAUUAAAGAUCGAGUUCAACACCUUGAACUUUGUUAUCAAGAUCUUGUUGCAUUGGCAGCUCAACGGAAGGCUCGCCUACUACAAUGUAGAUGUAUGUGGAAGUUCUUUGGAGACAUGGAUGAGAUUGAAAGAUGGAUAAAGGAGAAAGAACAAAUUUAUACUUCUAUGGAC